GUGGUUGGAAGACAAAAACUAAAGCUGUUACUUACUUGUUCAACGGUUGCACGUCGAAUGGAUCCUUUGCACUUCUGAUUGCAAAUCACUGUAUCUCAGAAUGUUUUGGGGAAGUAUGAAAUAGAUGAGGUCACUUUGGACCCAGGACUUUAUCAACGUAACCAAAAAGAUCGAUACCAGGAACGGUCAACAUGUGUCUUCAAUAAAAUGCUAUCCAACACUUCUACCCGAUACGACGAAACGUGAGUAGAGCCCCACGUGCUCUACCCGGUUAUCUCUUAUACUGUCCGAGUCGCUCACUGUUGCUCCCGAAACGUCAAAUUGACAGCAUUCCGACAUACUUUGACGUCUUGACGUCAACAAAGUGCUUUGGCAUUUCACAACCUGGUUUCAGCUGGCUUGGGGAGCGGUGGCCAAAGUCUUGAAGUUGCAGGGAAUUUCGCCAGUUUAAAAACUUUAUCCAGACACCUAAGCAGUGCAAGCGGCAUAAAAUGGACGGCGAUUCGAAGAAGUUGAUUGAAGACUGCUUUUUGCGGCCAAUCGCUGAUCCCAGAUCAACGAAACCUUCCGCAGAGCCUGCACCGUCCAAAGUUACAUUGAAAACAGAACUGCAAUUGCUGAGGCUGUCCGAAGAUGCGCAAAAUAUGGUGAUGGGCACAUUGCGAAGCAUUCACGGAAGCAGUUUCAAAUUGGAAGAGGCUUCCAAAUACAAAGACCGAGGAGGGCAUUUGAAAAAAUCUUACUGGAAAGAAACUGGCACACUGAUGAUACAGGGAGUUUCGGACUUUUCCAAUACACAGAGAUCGGAAAACACCCCAGAGGACCGAUUCCGACGCUUUGCGGUAAUGAAAUUGGAAAGCUACGGAUUCCCCCGAAUUCAUUGCGAAGAGGCUUUGGACCAUUGCGAGGGUAGCGUGGAGAUGGCCCUUCACCUGCUAGCGGAUAAAUACGUGCCUAAAGGUCGCAGCGAAGCUGCUGAAACAGUUGACCUCUCCGAUGCCGAUUUAUUGCAGAUGCGCGAAGACGAAAAAUUGGCCCUGGAAUCUAUUUACGAUAAGGCAUUCGAAGAGAAGGAGAAAAAUGCAGUGUGGAGUCUAAAAUUCAAGGUGGAGCAUCUUCUAGCACACAGUCCAUCGCAAAAGAAAAAGGCAGAAGUGGCUAAACAAGCAGAAAUGCGAAAACUUCACGAGAAAAAAGUUGAACGAUGUCGGAAUUUCGCACGAGGUCAUUGCAAGUUUGGUAACCGGUGUAGGUUCUCCCAUGAAGUUGUAGGGAAGGAUGACUCUGGGAAAGCGUCCAAAGCUGAAUCUGAACUCGACGCAAACUGGUUUUAUUUGGAGAUUCGAUUUCCUCAAGGUACGAAGUACCCCUUCGAAGCGCCGUUCAUUUUCCUGAAAACAACGUGCCACGACAUCCCAAGAGAAAUCCUGCUGCGGCUGACACGGAAACUAACUCGUGAGGCUCGACAACUUGCGCUAGAUGGAAUGCCGAGCAUUUACACCAUAUCGGACUUCCUUCAUAUGGAAGAUAAAAUUUCGGAAUUCCUUGCAAACGAUCGUGAGGAGUUUCUAGAUCCAACGCGAUCACUCUUCUAUGUGCCAGAGAACUGCGCAGCAUCGUCGGAGAAGGGAAGUUUGGAUCUACCCACCCACUAUCAAAAAGGUUCGACUGGUACUUCUGAAACGACUCGAAGCCCAGAAGAAGUGCAACGAGAAGAUCGACGACUCGUUAAAAAGUUUCUAGAAAAACAAUCGAAUCCGAACUAUCGAAAUAUGCUGAAAGCUCGACAAGGGCUACCGGCGUGGAACCAAAUGACGGAAAUUCUUGAAACAGUCAGCCAGUCCCAAGUGGUUGUGAUUUCUGGUGAAACAGGGUGCGGUAAAAGUACGCAAGUGCCUCAGUUCCUUCUCGACGAGUGGCUGUAUAGGUGUUCAAAACAGGAAAAUCGUGAUCCGUUACCUCACGUGGAGAUAAUUUGCACGCAGCCACGACGUUUGUCGGCCAUUGGUGUUGCGGAGCGUAUCGCUGACGAACGAAACGAGAGAAUCGGCAAUAGCAUUGGGUACCAAAUUCGGUUAGAAAACAAAAUUUCGCUCGCAACACGGCUCACAUUUUGUACAACAGGAAUUCUGCUCAGGAGGCUACAUUCGGACCCGCUCUUGCGCUCCGUUAGUCAUGUUAUAGUCGAUGAAGUUCACGAAAGGAGCGAGGAGUCUGAUUUCCUGUUGUUAAUUCUCAAAGAGAUUUUACAUAAACGAAAAGAUCUAAAAGUUAUUCUUAUGUCAGCGACGUUGAACGCAAACUUGUUUUCCGAAUAUUUCGGCGGAGUUCCAGUGCUAGAGAUUCCCGGAAGAACUUUUCCAGUAGAACAGUUGUUUCUGGAGGAUAUCAUAGAAAGCAGCGGAUUCGUCUUAGAGCCAGACUCACAAUUUUGUAGAAAGCUGAAAAAAUCUGAAGAAGAGGCGUUACUGUCCGAACUAGAAUACGCGGAUGUGAAGGCAGCUAAUGAGGCUCCACCAAGAACGAUUCGAGACGAAAAUCUGAAUAUGUCCGCCAUGUUUGCAAGAUACGCGGAUUAUUCGAAAAGAACAUGCAAAUCACUCUUUCUCAUGGACCCAAUGAAAAUCAAUCCUGAACUUAUCGAGGCAGUUCUGCGAUAUAUUGUCGAAGGAGAUCACCAUUGGCCUAAGGAAGGAGCUAUAGUCAUAUUCUUGCCAGGUUUAGCGGAAAUACAAUCUAUUCAUGAUGCGUUAAAUGACAGCCAGAUUUUCGGACCGAGGGCAGGAAAAUUCCUACUUGUUCCACUUCAUUCGACGUUAACCAACGAAGAACAAGCAUUAGUAUUUCGAAAACCACCGCCUGGACAACGAAAAAUAGUGUUGAGUACAAAUAUAGCUGAAACAUCUGUUACAAUUGACGAUUGCGUGUUUGUAAUCGAUUGUGGGCAAAUGAAGGAAAAACGAUUCGAUGCUAACAGAAACAUGGAGUCUUUGGAAUUGGUGUGGGAAUCACGAGCAAAUGCACUACAACGAAAAGGACGAGCGGGGCGUGUGAUGCCCGGCGUUUGCAUACAUUUGUUUACAGGUCACCGAUUCCACAACCAUUUACUGAGUCAACCAAUACCUGAAAUACAUCGAGUUCCAUUAGAGCAACUUCUAUUAAGAGUAAAAACGCUUCCGAACUUCAGCGAUGAGAAUAUUUUGAAUGUUGUAGGCAAAACACUCGAACCUCCAACAGAAGAAAACAUUGUUUCUGCAGUGAAGCGUCUGCAAGAUGUGGGAGCCUUUGAUGAAGAGCAGAAUCUUACAGCUUUGGGACAUCACUUAUCAGCUUUGCCUGUGGACGUACGGAUAGGGAAGUUAAUGUUAUUCGGAUGUAUAUUUCAGUGCCUUGACAGUGUAUUGACAAUAGCUGCAUGUCUGAGCCACAAGUCACCAUUCGUUUGUCCGUUCAAUAAAAGAAACGAAGCUGACCGCAAAAAGAAGGAGUUUGCUAUUUGCAAUAGUGAUCACCUCACUGUCUUGAAGGCAUACAAACGCUGGCUUGAAGCGGUGAAAAAAAGUAGAUAUGCGGGAAAAUGCUACGCAGAGGAAAAUUUCUUGUCAUCGAAAACACUGGAGACGAUAAUUGAAUUAAAAUACCAAUUCCUGGAACUAUUAAUUUCAAUAGGUUUUGUUCCUACAGAUAUGCCGAGGAAAAAAAAAAAUUUGGAGGAUAAUAUAUCCGCAAUUACCGGUUUCCAGCUAAAUUGUAAUGGUGAGAAUAAUCGUUUAUUAACAGCCAUCCUUUGCGCUGCUUUAUAUCCAAACAUCGUUAAAGUUCUGACACCUGAAAAAAGCUAUACGAUGACAGCGGGUGGAGCGAUGCCUCAUAUUCCAUCACCUAGUGACCUUCGCUUCAAAACACGCGAAGAUGGAUUCGUUGCCUUGCAUCCUUCCUCUGUGAAUUCUGUAGUCGGUCAUUUCACCUCGCCAUUCCUUGUUUUCCAAGAGAAAGUAAAGACGUCCCGUAUAUUUAUCCGUGAAUGUUCUAUGGUGCCGCUUCUUCCGUUGGUGUUUUUUGCUGGUAGUGAUCUGCAACUCGAACUGCACGGUGGUGACUUUAUAAUUUUAUUAGAAGAUGGAUGGAUCAUGUUAAAAGCGCAUAAUCAUGAAACAGCGGAAAUGAUACUGUGCUUAAGGAGAGAACUGAUUAAGUUGUUAGAAGAGAAGAUUAGAGAUCCUUGUUUAAACUUAUUGAAUCAUGAAACUGGAAAGAAAAUUAUUGGAACAAUUGUGAACCUAAUAUCAAAAGAAUGAUGACAUUUGGCUGUUCUGUGUUCAACCAAAUACUAAUAAUAACAAAUUGUAUUUAUUGUUUUUAUAUACCUCAAUAAUCGCGUAAAACAAAGGUCGAAAAAUUACGAACCUAUGCAAUAGAACCUAUUUUUGUGAUAAUAAACAGUCGAAAAUGCGCAAAUGUUUUUUAUAUUAAAA